AUGUCGGCCGUCCUGACCACUCUUGGUCUUCAGGCUGCUCCCGGAGAACAGGCCUCCAACCAUGCCGUGGCCUAUCUGGUGGUCAACUGGCUCAUCUCAUUUGGCGUAUUCAGCACGCGGCGGGAGAAGUUGAAGCUCGGUAUCGAUCACAACCAGGCCCCUCGUGACGACCUCGCCAAAUUUGGAGAGGCCGCUGUACAAUCGGGCAAGAUCACACGGCAAACCUUGAAUCGACUCAAGCGGCAGGAAGCCAGCAUGGCCAAUUCAGCUGAGCAUUACCCAUUGUUUGUAGCCGCAAUUCUUGUCGCUCUUCACGCGGGUGUGCCCAGUGACGUAAUUAACCGCAUUGGACUAUGGUAUGCGGUGUCACGGCUGGCGUUCGGGCUCUGCUAUAAGUACAUCGAGUCUCUCAAACUGAGCUUUGUUCGUUCGUUCUUUUGGUGGUCGGGCAAUAUCUGCUGCUUUACCGCUUUCUGGUUUGCCUCAAGGAAUCUGUGA